AUGUUAAUACUAGAUAAAAUUAUAGCUAUUUGGUAAAGCAUUACUUUUGGAACUAAAUUUGUUCUUAUAUCAAGCACUUUAUGUUGCAUCCUUGAUAUAUUUACAAACGAUUCCUUAUUCAAUAUAUUUGUUGAUACCCCAUCUAAAACUAUAUAUGAAUUCGAAUUAUGGAGAUUGUUCAUUCCACAAUUCUUUCAUGGUAAAUUUAAAAUCAUUUACCAAUAGGCGAUAUGUAUAAUAUUACCAUUAGUUUACUUGGAUUUCUCUUUUGUGCUAUUGAAGUUGAAAAAAGUUAUGGUACAAUACCAUUUUUUUGUGAUAUAUUCUUUAAGAAUCUGAUCAUACAAGUAUUUAAAAAUUGAUCCUUAGAUUAUUUAUGUUUUGCUAUGUUUUUCAUUGUCAUAUCUUACUAAAGAAGUUCUAGAAACAUAAUCUUUUGGAUUUUGGAAUAUCACUUUCAUUUACAUGAUGAAUAAGUAUAUUAAAUAUAUAAGUGAAGAGCAUUAACAGAUUAGGAUGAAUAUUAAAAGUUUUUAUGCUUUCCAUUUUCAUUGCCAUCAAAAUACUAUCCUCCUGCAUUCUUCUUAAUAAUGAAUAUAAUUGAAUUUCCUAGAUUAGACUUAAUAGCAUCAACUAUGUUUGCAUUUAUUGAAUAUCAAUUAUUUGAUGGUUUCAUGAUGAAAUUAUCUAAGGUAAAUACUUAAUAUAUAAAAAUAGGGCUUUGUUACAAAAAUAGAAUAUUCGUUCCCAUUUAAAUAUUUCUAAUCUAGACAGGAUUUCAUUACAUGUGAUUAAGUGAAUCAUUCUUUUGUAUUAGAGGAGGCAAAAUAAUCACAAUUCUAAUUAGAAAUAGGCAGUAUUACAACAACAGAAUCUAGAGUAUAAGAUUAAUAAUAGAUUUGAGAGAGAAAAGGUUAAAUAUAUAAAAUUA